GGGUGCUCCUGGCCCCGCAGCUGUGGCAAGGGGGAUCUAUAGGGGGGUUUCUGCUUCAAAGCAGCCCCGAGCACUCGUGCGCAGGGGCUCUGGUGCUCCCGCUGAGCCUCCAGCGUGAAUUUCCGUGGCCAAAAGCAGAUGGUGAGUUCAGGCCGGUGUUUUCCUGCCUCUCCCUAAUUUCCUGCGGCUGCGCUACGCUUUAGCCCGACUCGCACAGGGAAGGCUCGGGGAGGGGAGGCACUGAAAGCACCUGGAAAAUUACAUUUAAGACGAAGAGGAAGGAGAUAGGAAGCAGCUUAGCUGGCUUUGUUCUAAUAGCUGUAAUCACCUGAAGCGCAGCCAUGAGCCCCGUUCCCCUGGGGGCUGUGCAGCUUUGCCGCGGCGGGGGCUGCUGGCACUGGCUCUCCCCACUGCACCACGCUGGCUUUCGACUCAUCUCGGAUGGCAGCUUGCACUUUGUUCCUGCUUGGAACAAGUGCCCGGUUUGGGCUUUACUAUACAAAAGACCAUAUUUACAUAAACCGGGGAAAGGUUGGUCACAAGACACUGCCGCUACCCACAGUGAGCGGGACCUGUGCCGAGAGGAGGAGGGGAUCUCUGCAAAGCAGAGGGAGACCUGGAUACCGACCGUCCAUCCUGAUGCUACAUGGGUUCUCAGCCCAUAAAGACAUGUGGCUGUCCAUAGUCAAGUUCCUGCCGAAGAACCUGCACUUGGUGUGUGUUGACAUGCCCGGGCAUGAGGGCACAACCCGCUCGGCCUUGGAUGACUACUCCAUUAAUGGACAAGCUAAAAGAAUACACCAGUUUGUGGAAUGCAUCAAUCUGAACAGAAGGCCCUUUCAUCUGGUUGGAACGUCCAUGGGGGGAAAUGUUGCCGGUGUCUAUGCUGCUCAGUACCCAGAGGACAUUUGCAGCCUGACCCUCAUCUGUCCUGCAGGUCUGCCAAGUGUCACCGACAGCAAGUUCAUAAAGCAGCUCCGGGAGCUGAAGGAGUCUGAACGCAUCGACAGGAUCCCUUUAAUUCCCUCGACACCCGAGGAGAUGGCAGAUAUGCUGAAGCUUUGCUCCUAUGUUCGCUUCAAGGUGCCGCAGCAGAUCCUCCAGGGCCUCGUCGAUGUUCGCAUCCCACACAAUGACUUCUAUCGGAAACUGUUUUUAGAAAUCGCAAAUGAAAAGUCCAGGCACUCUCUGCAUGAGAACAUGAGCAAGAUCAAAGUGCCAACGCAGGUCAUCUGGGGAAGGCAGGACCAGGUCCUGGAUGUUUCUGGUGCCAAUGUUUUAUCGAGUGCUAUCCCAGACUGCCACGUGUACAUCCUGGAGAACUGCGGGCACUCCGUGGUGGUGGAGCGGCCCCGCAAGACGGCCAACCUUAUCCUGGAGUUCCUGGCGCUGCUGCACAACACGGACAACAACAAGAAGCAGGCAUGAGCGUGGCGGAGAGCCAAGCACCCACGCUGGGUCUUUUAAAUUGUAAAGUACUGCAGCUUUGAUAAGUUCUCAGGGAUCUUGUAUGCAUCGGGUUGAAUGUGCCAAAGUCCCUGAGGAAGGCAGAAACAGAAUCACUGAUACCUAAACCUAUAGCACCGCUGGCACAGCGACCUAGGGGUCAUUGAGCAACCUCCAUAGAUACAGGAAUGGAAGCAGAAUCUCUCCCUUUUCUACUUAGAGAUAAAGUAGAAAUGAGCUGAAAUCACCAAGCGCUAGCCAUGCCGUGUGCUGAAGCUCCUUACGCAGCGGCCCAUCUUACCCAAGUUACCAGCACGUAGCUGUUAAUGACUUUUACCUAAACUAUAUAAGUGUAGGAAGGAGAAAGAGUCCUGGACCGAAACCUACAAUAUUUCUACUACUUAGAGUCCGUCACGUUGCAUGCUGCAGUGCUGUAAGAGAACCCCAGUGCUCCAGGCGUCUGCUCGAGUGCUCUUUGUGUAGCUCCUUAACUCGUGAUUUAUGCAGAAAACAACAGAAAACUUCAUGCGUGGGAGUCCAAUGACUGUAUGUGCAAAAUGUUUACACUUUGAGUGGGUUUUUUAAAUCCCUGAACAGCUCCUGUGUAUAUGUAAUGCCUUAACAUUGCCCAGGGUACGGCGUCCACGCACAGCCCGCCUUGCCCAGGGGAUGGUUCCCCCUGAGGGUGAACAUAGCGAGUGAAAACUUGGGAUGCAGGCAGUGGCAUGUGAACCAGAGGGAUGGAAACCACCUGAGGCGAUUCAGCCCCCGAGCCUGAGUCAGCAAUAAGCCCGUGGGCAGGGUGCGAGUCAGCAAACUCGGGCAAACUCUUGUCUCAGCUCUUCUAUCACAUCGCGCUGCUGAACAUGUUGAUGUAAAUAGCGAAUUUCUUAAUGAAUUCCAUGAAUUCUGCGAAUGCCAGUGUCACCGAAACCAGGCGUGAGGGCUGGGAGCAGGCUGUGUGUGUGGAUAGAGCAGGGGAUGUGGGCUCCUGAGCUCACUGGGUGGCGAGGAAGGGGACAGCUCGCCUGCGAGACACUGAGUGGUGGCAUGGAAAGGUGCGGUGUGCUUGUGCGUCCUCUCCAUGGUUGUAACUCUGACUGAAUUAUAGGUGGAAAUGGGUGAUGCAAACAAGACACACUUUGCAGCCUGCAAGGGGACAGAUCCUGCACCUCCCCGGGUGCGGACCCUCACCAGGGGGAAGGGGCUGGUCCUGGUCCUCUCAAAGGCAAAUCAGUAGGUGGCAUCACCCCCAGCGCUCCUCGGUGCUGACACUGGGUGCUGUUGGAGCCCCCCAGACUGGGUGCGCAGGCUUGCGGUGCUGACAGCCGUCUUCUCGACGUCUCCCCGAGGUACCCGAUCUGUACAGGUAUCUGAAACUCCCCGUCAGCUUCUCUGCUCUUUUUAAGAGAAGAAAUGUUGUUCUUUUAGCAGAUUAGAGGUUUGCUGUUAUUGCUUGGUUAUUGUUUCUACUACAGGAGUUGAUUUAAAAAAAAAAAAAAAAUAAAAUUGCUGAUAGUUUUAUGUGGUAAAAGCCAGAAAAAGUUGUUUGGUAUCUGUAUGGUUUCUCAUAUGCCACAGAUUGCUGUAUGCAAAGGAUUUAUAUGGCUAUUAAAAUCUAGUGAUUUAAGGA